UGUUGUUGUCCUUGGGUCUCAGAGUUGUGGCUUAGAUAUAAAACAGAGUGGCCGGAGAGGCUUGCAAAUCACUUCAAGUCUGGAUUUCACGGGAGUAUCAUCAACAUUAGACGGUUAUUUUUGUAGGCACCAUGUUUUCAGCGGUCUUGUUGUUGUCCUUUUCCUUGGUCAGCGUCUGUCUCACGAGGCCGUCCGCCAAUGUCUUGGAAAACGACUCUCUGCUGGCGCACGAGUCCGAAGAAGUAAGGUAUGCGGCCAUCAAGCGGCUACUGGAAGUGUUCGGCAUGGAGGACCCGCCGCACUCCCCGGGGCUCAUGAAGCAGCCGCCCCAGUACAUGCUCGACCUCUACAACACCGUGGCUGAUGUGGACGGAGUUACCAAGGACCCCGACCUGCUCGAAGGAAACACGGUCCGCAGUUUCUUCAAUAAAAUUCACGAUGAACAGGUUCAGUAUCUCUUCAACCUCUCCACUGUGGCUAAGAAAGAGAAGGUUCUGACUGCGGAGCUCCACCUCUUCAAGAUGAAACCCCGCGCGACAGCGACAUUCACUAGACAUCACUUUUGCCAGGUGAGUAUCUAUCAGGUCCUUGAUGUGAACAGCAUGAACACCUCCCAGGGCAGGAAGCUGCUGUCUUCCAGGCUCAUCCCGAUCCAUUCCUCUGGGUGGGAAGUCUUCUCCAUCACACAAGCGGUGCGCUCGUGGGCUGUCGAUGAGCACAGUAACCACGGCCUCUUGGUGAAGAUACGCAACCUGGGGGGCAGCCAGGUGGAGCCCAGCCCGGUCCGCUUCGCCUCAGGCAGGGAUCACCACCAGAGCAAGCAGCCCAUGCUGGUGCUGUUCACUGACGAUGGCCGCAGGACUGCUGCCCUGGAGAGCACUUUGAACGAUCUCAAUAACGAUGACCCAAGUGUCCCAAGCUCCCCCCAGGGACUGAAGCCUCCUAACUCCCGAAGCGUACGCUCCCUGGAAUACUCUGAAGAGGACCGACUUCCCUGCCAGCGUGACCCUCUCUACGUGGACUUCGAGGAGAUCGGCUGGUCCGGCUGGAUUAUCUCUCCCCGGGGUUACAAUGCCUACCACUGCAAAGGUUCCUGCCCAUUCCCCCUGGGUCAGAACAUGAGACCGACCAACCACGCCACGGUGCAGUCCAUUAUUAACGCGCUCAAGCUGACCAAGGGCAUCGAGACCCCCUGCUGCGUCCCAGACAAGCUCUUCUCAAUCAACCUGCUCUAUUUCGACGACGACGAGAACGUGGUGUUGAAACAGUACGACGACAUGGUGGCUGGGAGCUGUGGCUGCCACUGAGACCUCACAGCACCUUUCAGUAGGUAGACGGGUCCCAUACAGAGUCAAGCGGCAGUGAGAGGACAGUGAACUUGUAGAAACAACAGCAGGAGUUUCCAAACGCAUAGUGACUGCUCCUUCAUAUCAAUUCACUGCACUCCCUAAGGGGUGGAAAAUAUACAUACACUUGCUGUGUAUUUAUUACAUAUUGCAUAUAAAAUGGCCCAUACAUACAUGAAUGCACAGGGUUUUACCUUCACCUGCGUUCAGAGAAGCCAAUAUCAUAUAGAAAUAUAUGUAUAUGCAAUGGACAAUUGGCCAUUGUGUGGCUAGCCAGAUAUUAUGGCAAUCGGCCCUUCAAAGCACAUUGGAAGUGGAGAGCAUAGCUAGCCUGUCAGGGCAGGAUUGCAGUUUAAGUUAUAAUGUUAGAGGGCUGGGGUGGGGCAGCUGUUUCCUGGUCGUGUUUUUUGUUGCUAUGUAAGAUAUAUGUAAAUAGGUAUUAAAAUAAUAAUAUAUGAUGGGACGGUGAGAUCCUUUUAAAAUUCUGUAAAUGUGUACAUUUGUAAAUGUAAUGACUGGAUAUUUUUAUGGUUAAUAAAAUAAGCCAUAAGGAAACUGAA